CUCCAAAAAUGGGCGUGUCGUAUCUCCCAAUACAAUCUGUGCCCGAGGAGCUCGACAGACGAGCGAGGCGGGGGGACAAAACCGCUUCGCCAAAUCUGGGCCCAUUUUGACAGAAGCCUCGACGCAGCAGGACGUCCAUCACUCCGUCGCGGGACUAAAACAUCAUUCGUUAAAUCAUCGUGUCCGGUUGAGCUCCUCCUCCUAGCCUAGCCUAGCCUAGCCUAGCCUAGCCUAGCUUAGUUUAUUUUAGCUUGCUAGCCGCGAACGGAGUGACGCGUUUGCGAGCAACACAUCGCCAAGUGUGGGCGUAAAGUAUUGCGAGCAUCGUGUGAAAAUGUGUGCAAGGAGGACAACAGAAUACGAGGAGGAACUUUGUGGACCAAAAGAGCGACAACGUCAACAUCUGGACGCUCUUUGCAAGAAUCCUCGAGUUGCCUCACGCAGGGCAGACUUCAGUGAAGAUGUUCGUCCGAGGUGGCAGGAGCCAGCGUCCCCUCCCUUUAAAGAGGAAGUGAAGGAGGAAGCGUCCUCCCACAUUAAAGAGGAAAAGGAAUUGGACCCCACUUACAUUAAAAAAGAGGUGUCUGACCUCCCCCACAUCAAAAAGGAGGAGGAGGAGGAGGCUAUCACCACGUUGCCUUCGAUUGGUGUCCCUUGGAAGAGUGAAGAUGAAGAUGGUCAAAGUGAGGAGCACGGAGGGGAGGAGUCUCCAAGCAGCAGCUGGUGUCAACAUGUGACCAGAGAAGGGGAUGGAGACCACCACGUAGGAUCAAAAGCUGACGGCUUCUUAGCUACGCUAUCAGAUCGUGACAAUAAAACGUCCCACGUUCCUCACGACGGCGGUGAUGACGAGUCCGAAGAUAAACCUCAUCCAACAGAUGAGGUGAAGGAUAAGGAUGGUCAGGGUGGGAAACAGGAGGCUGUUGCUGCUGCUACAAGACUGCCUGAGGGAAGGAGGAAACGUCAAAGGAGCAGAGGGAAUCAGGAAAUCCUUGAAGAACAUCUCAUGCAGCUCUUGGAGGAGUGGGAAUCCAAUCCUCCACCUCCACGACCAACCUGCGAGGACACGCUUUUUAUGACGAGCAUGAUUCCUUGCUUGAAAAGGCUGCCCCCUGGGAGGAAGGAAUAUGUCAAAUUUAAAAUUCACAAAUUGCUUUUUGAACAGAGCACGUUAACUCUAAAUUUGGAACAUUCGGAUAAAUAAAUGUCCAGUUUCUCCCUGGAAGGAAUCCUGCUCGUCAUAAAAAGUGUUUUUUUUUUUUUUUUUGCUUUUAUCAUGUAUUUUUACUUUUUCAAUUUAA